AUGGUCAUGCAGAGUCUCUUUUCCCAGUCCGCGCCCGCGCCUCAGCGCGUUUUACACACGACGAUCGCCCACGUCUCCAAGCCAACAGCUUCGAGCGCCCACACGUACACGCAGUUCCUCGUGCGCGUCUCGGACGAACGCUCGCCGGGUCUCAAUUGGGCCGUCUACCGCCGCUACUCGGAGUUUCGCAACUUUAAACUCGCGCUCGAGGACGCGGUCGAGCACCGGGACACGUGCGCCCACUGCGCCGUCAUGGCCAAGCGCACGUGCUUCGUGCUGUUCCCGCACCGGCGACUGUUUGGGAACUUGCGGCCAAAGACGCUGGAAACGCGUCGCAUUGGCCUCAAUGAGUUCCUCGAUGUCGUGACGAAACACGCGCGGACUUGUCGCGAGAGCAUGACGUGCCAGACGCGGCCGUUGAUGGACAAGUUCCUCAUGGUGAACGACAUGCGGUACACGUACUUGAACGUGGACAUGGAAGCGGAGGCCGAGCCAAGUACGAAAGAAAUUGCUGGAGACGAGAGGAAGAAGGGGUUGAGGAUCAAUGGCUUGCAGCGUCGGACGUCAUCGUUGGUGAGUCGGACGGACCGACGGAGUCUUGGCCGGGAUGAAGCUUCACGUAGCUGCUCGGAAGAGUGGACGCCCUUAUGUGAAGAGCACGUGACUGAUCCGAUGGCAGAUCAGUCUCAGGUCGAGGAGAUGAAUAGGGUAGCAGGUGUGGACACUUUAUGUACGGCAGAGCAGACAAGGCAGCAGCAAGAUGUCGAGGUGAAGCACCGCACUGCACCGACUGUUGGACCUCUUGGCAGACGAAAUGUCCAGCAUUCCUUCGACCCUCGAUGUCCCACAGCGGCCCCUGCAAUGCGUCAGAGUCUCACGUCGGGAUGGGAACCGACGGCAACGCACCAAGCGAGCUCGUCCACGUCCCGUCAUUCGGACCCGGGUCUUGCUCUGAAUGAGCUGCUGAACUUUACACGCGGAAGUUUCUCAAGAGCUGGACGUCCGCAUCGUGCCGAGAGCCGUCUGCGCUUGCGCAAAGUGCACUUGUCAUCAGCAGCCAAGCGUGUCAAGAAGCUCGAAGAAGCGGAAGCGCGCUUUUGUGUGCCGAGUCAGACUCGAUUGCCCAGGUGUCCUCCGAAACUCGCGUGCAUUACCGAGGAGAAUUAG